GUCGCAAGAGCAGACCGUGGCCGCCGGCACUGCACCACCCCACCGCCGCCUCACUUGUCUCUGCACUCACCAGAUCGCACCGUGACGCGGCAUUUGCUCCCUGCGCCGAGGAGGAGCGGGAAGAAGCCGUAGUAAAGGGGUGUGUGAGGCUAGGCGGGCCGCACGCGGUGGGUCGGGGGCUAUCGAUCUGGGGGAGUCUGUGGAGAGACUACACCGUGUGAGGACCGCACAGUGGCUCCUGGCUCCUAGUGGCUCGCCCAUCGCCCAGCGUCCAACACCAGGGGGAACCAUGAACAAGCUUUUCUUCGGCUCCGCUGCCCUCCUGGCCCUGCUGGGACUGUUCGUCAGGGAAGGUCUGGGCCUCCACUGCUGGGCGUGCAACAGCGCCUUCGACCCCCGCUGCGGCGAGACCCACUUCGACUCAAGCACUCUAGACACCGUUGACUGUAACCAGCUGGAGAAGAGCCACUUGCAAACCGAGCCCAUCUACUGCAGGAAGAUCAUCCAGAGAAUCAAAGAGCAUGUGAGGACGGUGCGUGGCUGCGGGUGGCUGGAGGAGACCAAGGUGGAGCCCGGCGAGUGCUACACCAGGACGGGCACCAAGGACGUCAUGGUUACCUACUGCCACUGUGAUUCUGAUAACUGCAACUCCGGAAACUCCGUGUUGGCGUCGCUGGGACUGUCCGCAGUCUUCCUGGCCCUCACACGACUCUUCUAGACGUGGCAGCGUGAGGUGCCAAGUAUCACCAGCAUCACUACGGCCACUAACUUAAUUAAGUUAUGUGAACAAAACUCAUUGACUCGCCUGUAGUAUCGCUGACGUACGAAACGUAUCCGUUGAAUGAUAAAACAAACGUGGUUGUAACGAUUCGGUAAAUAUGAUUGCGCUGUAUUAACCCUUUCCAGUCCGUAACAGGGAGAAACCAGCGGCUGCAAUGCCUUUCGGAUGACUUUCCAACAGUAAGUUUUUAUCUUGCUCAUGUCGUCGCAGCCUUAUAUAUAAUAGUGUUGUUCCGUAAAAAGAGAGUAAUAAUAAAUGGUAGUCGUUCAGUAGUGUACGUUGCAAAUCAUCGAUGGUCGAUUCAUUAAAAAAAAAAACUUUCUAACAAGAUUCAUUGGGCGCGACAUGAAACAAACGCAACAUGGAAGUGGAUCCAUCCACGGUGUCUGUAGAGGGGUGCGGCCCAUGGGGAAGGCCGCGGCGGCCGCAUGUGUGGGCCGCACUGAGGGUGAGGCACGGGGCCAUCACAUGUACGUCUUGUUUUGUUUACCUUCAGUGAAGGUGGGGGAGCAUACCUGCCUGCACUCAGUACUACACGUGCAGCAUUGUACACUUUGGACCGCAUGUGAAGUGUGUAAGUACGUGUGACGCGAGUCUGAUUCAGGACAGGCCAGCAGCCUGCCACCUAUGGGGCGUGGGCGCUCCCGGGCCGGCAGUGGUGGCCCCGUGGGUCUCGGCGAGUGUCGCGUGGCAUGAGUUACAACCUGCUGUACAGUACAUAUGAACACCCCGGGGCAUGACCAUCUGGUUACCACGAUCGAGCACUUGGCGUGCCAAGGCGGGGCGCGCGAUGCGUAUCAACACGUGUGGGUUGUAAGACAUUCCCUCAGACAGCUUCGUUUGCGUGGCGACUCGCCGUUUUGAGUAAAUUUUGGGUUGUUUCAAAAUCUGGGAACUGUAUAUAAUUGUGUCACGUUUUCCAGUUCAGAGUGCAUUAUUGUAUUACAGUUUACUGCAGCAUUUAACUUAUUCUAGUCAAGAUCUUCAUUUAUAUUUAGUCAUUUGAUAUCAGAAUGAAAUUAUUUACUGUUACAUUGAUCUUGUUGGAGAGAGACGUGCAGGUGUAAUGGUGCACGUCACUGCGCCGCGCACGCGGAUCAACCCAGCGCUGGUCGGGAUGCUGAGGUUGUCUGGGGCUGCCGGUGGUGAGCGAGUCACAGCUGAUCUCCUUGGCGGGGUUAGAAGCCAGUCAAUGUAGGAUUAUGCUCAGCCUCUGCCUUACAUAGACAGUGGAAGAUGUAAGUUUGAUGUAGAGUUCCACACUGCCUUUUGCACCUGUUAAGCAUACUCUGACCCCUUUGUGCAUUUUACUGUAAACUUUGUUCUUUGAUGCAUUGUGAGAUGAGGGUCUGGCACACUGACUGUUGUCAACGUAGUGGUCAACCAGCAGCCACGCUGGCAUAAAUGCGUUAGGCUUGUAUCUCACAAGUAAUGACUGUUUCUGUACAAGCUGAAUGUUACUGGGAGACAUCCAGUACUGCAUACAUAUUGUUCUGGUAGCGGAUAGCUGAGCUGUUUACGAGACUAAUGUUUACCUUUUAUUGACUCAGCAAAAAUACAAUAGUUGUAUGCUUUGGUUAUCAGCCAGCACACUGAAUACUUCAUAUUCACAGACGUUUUAGUGCAAAUGAUGAAUAACUUCACAUGUAAGUUAGCAUAAUGUGUACAUAGAUGAGUAGAAUUGAGUCUAUAACUAAUGCUCUUAAGUGGAAUGCUCUGCCUUGUAAAAAGCAAGUUCAAAUCAUGCUUGGUACGCUAGAAGUCACACCGACUCCACCACAGAGACAUCAUCAGGAUUGCUUGAUAUGACGAGACAACCCAGACCUGGCAGAAAGGUCUCUGUAGCUACAGUUGCCCCAGACAAUGGCAUCAACCACCACAUCAAGACCUUUCCUUGAUACUGUUUCGGCUUUUACAAAAACUAAUGUAUUUUUUUCCUUUUGUUUUUGGUUUUUUUUUAUUUCCUUACUGCCUAAAGCUAAAUCAUUUAUAUAUUUUGUGUUAGCUGUGGUGUGUUCAUGAAAACUAACAAAAAUGCCUUAAUCCUUCACUUGAGGUGUAGUAAAACAGUUUGUAUAUUGUAAAUAUACUCAUUAUUUUCAUGAGCAGAUCUACACAGUAAAACCUCACUAAUUUGGUGUAAUAACAAAGACUUGCCAGAAAAUUUUAAAAAAUUAGAAUGGUGCAUUACAACAUUUAUUUUUAAAAAGCCCCACAGACACAAACAAUUGAAACUUUUGUAAAGAGAAUUUUUGAACCACAACUAAAGUCGGAAUCAUAAAUUCAUCUUCCUAUCCAUUCAUUCCAAAGCAAAGUCCACAUUUCCAUGUAGACGGCAUAUAUAUAUAUAUAUAUAUAUAUAUAUAUAUAUAUAUAUAUAUAUAUAUAUAUAUAUAUAUAUAUAUAUAUAUAUAUAUAUAUAUAUAUAUAUAUAUAUAUAUAUAUAUAUAUAUAUAUAUACACACACACACACACACACACACACACACACACAGACACACACACUUCAGAUCAGUAGUGGUUAGUAUAUUUUACCUGUUGUUGCUGAUAACAGGUGUAUGUAAUUCACUGUAAUGGAAUGUCAUGUUAAUUUCUGCACAUGUAAAAAUGUAAGUCAUGUAGAAAGCAAAUUCUUUAUUUGUGUUGUAAUCAAGAUCAUUGUACUGUAGGAAGGUGCCUGGCCUCUAAGGUGCUCUCUCUCGCUCUCUCUCUCUCUCUCUCUCUCUCUCUCUCUCUCUCUCUCUCUCUCUCUCUCUCUCUCUCUCUCUCUCUCUCUCUGUCAAUUUACUUAGCUCCAUGUUCUCGUCUGGUGGAACGACCUCCUAGACUCACCACUGCCCUACUGCACACUGUUCAAAGGUUAUGAAUGUAUAAUAUAGAAAACAAAAAUAUGAUGAACAUUUGCUCUUCAAUGUCUCCAGGACAUUUAUUUGUCAAUUAGGUGUCUUAUUUUGCACUUAACUAAAAAUUUAUGUGAAAUGAGAACAACUCUGUCCCGUUCUGUGCACGCCACGCCACGCCCUCCCCGCGGGGCGCCUCUUGCGUGCGAAUCUUCGUGAACAAAUUGCCCAUUAGGUACCUGCACGCAGUUCAAUCGUAAGUAAACUAUUUAUUAGUAUUUGUGAUUGAUGAGUAAGGUAACAGUUCCUAUGAUGUUCACAUAACCUCAAAACCAUAUAAUGUCAUGCCACUGUCACUUCUCUUCAGUUUGGCGAGCUGCUUCACUUCAGCACUUGAGAUGCUGGUUCAGGAAAUUACAUCAAAUCAAUGAGGUUGUGCUACACGUGCAUGGUCAUGUCGUUGCUUCUCCUUUCUGAGUUAUUGCCGUCAAGAGACAGAGGUCGGAUGUGUAUUUAACACAGGUAACAGCAAAGGAAAAAAUUGUAAAGUGUGCUUACAUCAGAAAACAAUUGUCAAAUUCUUAUCAGGGGUUAUAGAAUAAUGAAAAAUAAUCCUUGGCAGUAUUUUUAUAUUAAUUGAUAUUUUGAUGAAAUGGUCCGUACUUGUGACAACACAGAACUCACCACGUGUGUAAUAUACUGUAAGAUACUCCAUAACUUGCCGCUGUGUGUGUGUCAUGUCAACGUGUUCCAAGUUUUUCUCAGGCAAUGUGCAAUAUUUCUGUAUUUGACUUCAUUAUGUAAAAGUUCUCUGAAUGGAAUGUUUAGCAUAUUUACUUGUGUUUUCAUUGUCUGUCACCAUGAGAACUGGCCAUCAGAGAAGCUUCCACCUCGUCAUUCAGUUCCCUCGACCAUUACCCAUCACUGUGAAAUACUAGUUCCAAAGGAACAAGCUACUUCAUGUGCAUUGUGCUGUGUUCAUAUGUACAGUGUGUAACAAUGUGUUCAGGACCUGAGCAUGUUGGAAUAGCUUAAUUUUCCAUUGAUAAGAUAAGUAUCGCUGGAUUGCUGAGGGAAAAUCCUGCUACAAAACGCAGGUAGUGGAGGCGAGUGCCGGCUCCAGGUGAUGAGCGUGGCAAAGCAUUGGGUCAUUCAGUCUGUUUGGACAAGCCACAUUUCUUACUCUUUUAUCCUCACUACUACUCGUCUGAUUAUUUAAAGUUUUACGAGAUAUUUUCUACAGCACACGUUGUACAGCAGAAGACAAGCAACCGGAAUACCUAUCCGGGGAAGUCACGUUUGUCUCCACAUCACACACUUCGGUUCCUGUAAAUUAUCACUCUAACAUGAUCUGUUUGCUUCUUGUUUCAUUUUUCUGCCCAAAGUUUUCAUGAAGAACCUAAAUUUCAAAUAAUUUAUGAAGUGUCAGUAAUGUGACAAAGAAAGUCUUGCUAUCUCCUGCGUGGUGACGCGAUCCUGGGUAUCUGCAUCUUGAUAGUUGUGUAUAAUAAUCCAUUACAGUUCGUAGCAGCAAGUUAUAGACUCGUCAUCACGAGAACAACAUACUUUUCCCUUUACAAUGUCUAUUUUAUAUGUUCAAUGCCUGGAACCUCGUUAUACACAGGACAACUGGAAUCCGAAUUUGUUGGAAGACCUGUCAAAGUUUAUCUUUUUUUCUGUAAUAACAGUAAAACACUCUUCUCAUGAGAUCCUGAAUAAUAAAGUUAUUAGUGUGCCAUGUACAAACAA